GAGUAGGGCGUCCGUAGGACGCAGGCGUCGGUUCCAGCGUCCGCUCGGUCUGACUGAGGCGUCGUCGUAGAUGUCGUAACCACAAAAUCGCGCUCGCCGAUAAAAUGCCCCGUGGUGCGGAUCGCGAGCCUGUAAUGUCUUAGUGCGGCCAAAAAUGAGGAGCAGCAGCUCGGAACUGCUCCUGGACCAGCAAGAGGAGCUCCGCAAGCGGAAGAUCAAGGAGCUCGCGGCCGCCAAGCGGGCCAGCAAGCAGGUAGGCGGGCGGUCGUGCCGCGAACAGGCCCUGUUCUACUCCACCAGCCUGCUGGCGGUGGUGGCCAUGUCGGCGGGGUCUUCGCUGCUCUUCCUGGUGCCGCUGUACGUGGACCCGGCCAUCUCCACGCUGGCGUCCAACUUCGUCACCGAGCCCGUCAUGUGCGUGACCACGCGCCGCGAGGAGCUCACGGGCCUGGCCAACUGCUCGUGGAGCUCCUGCCGCGAGGGCUGCACCAGUGACGCAUAUCACUGCACCCAUAUCUACGUCAGCUACAACGACACCAGGGAGGCGCACAACCAGACCGACGACGCCGUGCUGCUGGUGAACAUCAAAGGCUGCGGGUACCCACCCAGCGUGCUCUGCGCGAACUUCACCGAGGCCUUCGGUGCCGAGGGCACGGUGUUCCCCUGCUACCACUCGCGCGAGAACCGCACGGUGGUGUUAACUCACUACGAGAGAGAUGAACAGGUGGCGAUCAUCAUCCACUACUUUGCAGUGCCGUUUGUGAUCACUUUGGCCACGUCUGUGGCCUUAUGUGUUAUGCACUGCGACUGCCGUUGUCAUCCAACGACUCACCAUAAACGCGCUCGACGACCACGAAUCCACGACCUGAGCGAUGGCUCGAUUAGCAUAGGGGUUGAUCUGCGACAUAACACCAGCUAUCACUCGGACCUGGUGGCGAUUAGGCCUAUGUAAAGUCUCGCUGUGUAAUCUCACUAUCCGCGAUCCCAUCCCCUUCGCUAUCGACUCAUUUCUUCACAUCGAUGUCAGUUAACACAACUAAAUACAUAUAUCUAUACAUAUGCCUGACAAGCAAAAUUAUAUAAACAUGUUUGUGUUAGAGUAUAUGCUUUAAAGUACACUCAUUUAUAUAUAGGGAUUAAAUUGUACAUUUUAAUUACAACUAUUUUUAUAAAACACAAAUACUAUACCUAAGUACCUUUUUUUUCUAGUACCUAACUGAAAAUGUGUGGCUUUUGUUAUCAAAAGAUAUGUAUUAGAUGCUACCUACAGGUUUGAAGUUAAUUUUGUAUUAAAUUUUAUAUUAAAGUAUAUUUAUUAAUAA